AUGCCCUCCCACCAAUACACCCACUCCCAAUCCCUCCCCCGACACUCCAUCCUCCCCGCCUCCACCACCGCCGGCCCUUCCUCCAUGGGCAGCUCCUCCAUGUCGAUGGCCAAGACGCGCCAGUACACCAACCUGCAUAAUCAACUCGAGCAACUGAACGCUAACCUCCGGGACACGGAGAAUCUGCUCAGGAUGACAGCCGUGCAGGCCGAGGAUAUGCGUUUCCUGGGCGGGUAUGUUGGCGCAUUGUUUAUGGGGUCUGCGAAGGUGUUGGGAGAGGAGGGCGUUAAGGGAGAUAGUGCUGGUGAUGAGGAAAAAAGAGAGGGUUGA